CUUUCGCCCCCCCGACGGUGGUAUUUAAAUCACUAGCCAGAAGUUGGUCACGAAAUAAUUCGCUGAAGCUUAUUUGCUCAUCGGUCCACUCCGACCAUCGGUGCCAGUCGCAGUUUAUUAACAAUAGUUUUUUGAUAUUAUUGUCUUUAUCCCAUCAUCAGCCACAAAUGCAGAAUCACAAGUUCAGUGCCAUUUUUGUGAGCACAACGGAGAAUUCGCCAGGAAAUCGAUGAUCAAUUGAGGACUUGACAAGCUCCAGUGGACUGAAUCCCUCGGAAUGAAGAGUGAAUAUUUCGCCAGAUGCAGUCUCUGCUGCGUUAAACAAUCACACGAGAGAAUAAUAGUUUUUUAGGGAGUGAUAACACUGAUGAUAAUUGGAGAGUAGCAGCUGUGAGGAGUUUUCAAUUGAAGGAAGAGGGAAAAUGUCAGUUGUCGAUGAGUUCGAUUACCUGUGCCGCUUGUGUGCAACCAAGACUGAAAUACUCGUGGGAUUACCGAUAUUCGAGCAUGGAGAGAAUCUCAGGAAUAUUGAUAAGAAGAUAACGGAGUGUCUGCCGAUACAAGUAUCGAUGACCGACGAGUUGCCAAAGGUGGUCUGCGAGGAGUGUGCCUACAAGCUGGACGACAUAAUCGACUUUCGGGAGAAGUGUCGUCAAACGGAGGACCUCUUCAACGAGAUGUUAAAAGGGAUAAAAAGCGACGUCGACAUACGGGACAGCCUCCCAGACUGCGCUUCAGUGAUUCCGGAAAUUUCCCAGGACAUCAGCCGACUCCACGACAGCAUGGCCCCCAUGGACACGACGAUGACGCACCCAGGCAUCCCCAGCAUAGAGCCAGCCUGCCCCAGCCCAGAGACGAACACCCCAGGCGGCCUGCACACGAUGCAGGUGAUGGACGAGAUGGAUCUGGCUGGAGGUGAGCAGGUGGUGAGUCAAGAGGAAAUUCCCCGGCAAGAGGAGCUCGAAAUAACGGAGCUGGACCCCCUGGAUGUGGAGACAGUGGGAAUAGUGGGGGAGCACAUCAGCCAGGAGGCAGUUGGAAUAGUUGGAGACCAGAUUUCGAUGCACCUGGAGGGAGAAAUGACUGUCGUCGAACACCUGGGGAUCAACUACGUGACAGCAAUUGGCUCAGACUCACCAAAUCAGGAGCAGAUAGUCCACUACUGCAACAACGUCAAGUACCAGGAGGUGAAGGAGAACUACAUGGCUGAGAGGCUGACAGUUGGAGCUGACGUGACGAGUGAUGGCUUCCCCCAGGAGGAGGCCCAGGGGCUGGCGAAUAGAGUGACACCUGUGACCAAUGAAAGUGGAGAGGUGGCAGGGACCAGUGGAGACCAGCUGAAGAAUGGCAUCCGAGAGUACACUAAACACAAGAAGCACAGUCUGCUGAGAACAACUCUCAACAAUCCCACGAUCGACGAUACUGGAACGAGUUGGUACGUCUGUCCAUUAUGCAACGAAGCUGCCACUGAGGCCAACGAUCUUGCUGAGCAUUUCAAGCAGCAUUUUUACUCCUGCAACUGUGGACUCUUGUUCACUCACGUUGACGACUUGAAUGGCCACAAGGAGAGGGGCUGCAAGAAGAGGGUGAGGAGGGAGACGAGUGGCAAAAUGGAGAGGGCGAAGGGGCCGGAGGAGGUGAGUGAGGUGUCCGCAGGGGACGAGGAGAGUGGCAGGAAGACGCAGAGCAGUGUCAGGCAGAAGUGGACGCCGAAGGUGUGCGCUCAGUGUGGAAAACAGUACAGAACGAAUUACAAACUCCAGGAGCACAUGAGGAAGCACACUGGGGAGAAGCCCUUUCAGUGUCUUCUGUGUGACAAGGCAUUCAGGAGUAAAAUUGGCCUUGCUCAACACACGGCCACUCACACGGGGCAGUUUGACUACAGCUGCUCGACGUGUGGCAAGGGCUUUCAGUGCAAGAGCUAUCUCAUUGUUCAUCAGAGGGUCCACUCGGAUCUCAAGCCCUAUCCCUGCAGCACUUGUGGACAGAAUUUUAAGACCAAACAGUCGUUGUUGGAUCAUCAGAAUAGACAUCUUGGGGUCAAGCCUUAUGUCUGUGAAAUUUGUGGGAGGGGAUUCAUCACUAAGGGACUCUGCAAGAGCCAUCAGAGGAUCCACUCGGGGACUGAUAAUCGACAGUAUCCUUGUGAGGUGUGCAAUAAAAUGUUUGUUAGUAAGAGUUACCUCAAUACUCAUUUGAGAAUUCACACUGGGGAAAAGCCUUAUCUGUGCGAGGUUUGUGGGAAGGGCUUUCUCACGCGGGUGGAUCUCAAAAUUCACUCGACAAUGCACACCGGGGAGAAGAGCUUCAAGUGCGAAGUUUGUAAUAAGGUUUUUGCUAGGAGGGCUGCACUCAGGUGCCACAGACGAUCGCAUACGGGGGAGAGACCCUACAGGUGUGAUGUGUGUGGCAAAACUUUUACACAGUUCAGUCCAAUGGCUAUUCACAAGAGACUUCACACUGGCGAGCGACCUUAUGAGUGCGAUGUUUGUGGGAAAGCGUUUGUGUCUAGGUCCACGAUGAUGACGCAUAAGAAGAAACAUCAUUUGCCGGCUACGGGGGGGGAUAAGGCCGCCAGUGGGGACAUUAAUGUCAUCAUCGUGCGGGAAACACCUGACGGCAUUGCCAUUGGCGAUUGACUUGGUCAAAGUGAUAUUUUUUCGGUUGCAUUUAAGCAUCUUGACGGGAGUUUUAAUUGACAGGAUGGUAAUCUGAAUACUAAUUUCGUUUUUUAUGGGGUCAUGUCGUAAUGAUUAUCGUUUGUAAGGUCUUGAUUUGUAAAUUAUUGAAACUUCGUGCAUAUUAUUAUUUUUAGUGUAUUGGUACUUGUAUUUUCAAGUAUUAUUCCGUAAUAAAACACAUCUCAUGAA